AUGGAUGUUCGCGAGCGUCUGAAGAUGCUCCUAGAAGGAGACACGAGUCUCAAAGACUUGAAUACCCACUUGAACGAGGCUCAAGCCGUCCAACCUGUCCCAGCGGAUGGAGCUGAUCCAAUUGCCGAGUCCAAAGCUAAGCAAGGCGUAAGUGGAUAUGUUCUCCCCGUUGAUUUUGAGCCGGAGAAUGGCAUGGAGUACCCUAAGGGUGGCCAAUUUCCUUUGUCGUACAUUCGUACCCAUGUGGUUGGACAGCUCGCUGAGUCGGAAGACAAGCUUAUGACCCAGGUCAACCAGGAUGGCCGUCCCCACCGUCGUACUCCGAAGCUGCACCUUGAUCUCUCGGGCUUGGUCAAAGAUGAGCGCGGCGGCGGUAGUUCUGACAUGGACUCCGACGAGGAGCUGGUAACUGCGAUCCCGGUUCCCAAGUCGUUCACUCCGGCCGUCACAAUGGCCCGCUUCCCUUUCAACUACCUCCAUGGACAGGAUGCCAAGAAAGUUAAUGAGCAGUUCUAUGUGGGCGAUAAGUUCUGGAAUCGAACCUGGACUCUGUAUUAUUUGUCUGUCCCCAGGGUUAUUUCUCAAACCCCAUUUCUUUUGAUUCCCACUUCCCAAGCUCAAGCACUGCUCGAUGAAAUCAAUUCGGCUCUGAACAUCAAUUUGACUCUCACGGGCGUUGGCAAGGAAGGCCUCGUGAUUGAGUUUGACAAUGAAAAACUGCCGCGGCCUGUGUACCUUGGCCGAAGCAGCACCCGUGAUCAGAAGACGAAAUUGGAGAGCAAGGUUCCCUCACCUCUGGAGAACUGGGGACCCUGGGCACAGCUGGUUGAGCCCCAUGUUUUCGAGGACUUUGAAAAGAAAAUCAAGCAAUCUCUCACCACAAUCAAGACCAAGAAGAGCAGCCAGAAGCAGGCGGCCCGAGAUGCCCAGACGAAGAAGUGGCAGGAGUGCCUAGGUCGUGCGCAAGCCUACUUUGGGCUGCGUCCUGCGUUGAAGCCCAAUGGUACACAGCCGUCGUUUGUUAAUGGCCAGAUCGAAGCGAUUGAUAUUCUGAAGCCUGUCAAAUGGGCCUUUCAAGAUGCCCCCAUUUUCAUCUCCGUUGAUCUCGAGUGGAUGGACUGUUACGGCUCUCUGACUGAGGUUGGAAUUUCGACACUGGAUAUGUUGGAUUUGGAAGGUGUGGUCCCUGGCGAUUAUGGAGAAAUGUGGCUCAAACGAAUUCGAUCCCGCCACCUGCGUGUGAAGGAGUACCGAAACUGGGUCAACAAUACGUACAUUUCCGGAUGUCCUGGUAGCUUCCGGUUCGGCGAGAGUGAGAUAAUUCCAAGUGCCGAAAUUCCGGAUGUUGUGGACGCUGCGUUCCAUCCUCCAUACAUGGUUCCCCCGAAGGAAGAAAAGAUCGCCCCGUACAAGAAUCAGAAGCGCACCGUGAUCUUGGUCGGUCUCGACCUCAAUGGUGAUAUCAAGCACCUCCAGAGAGCGGGAAGCCGGGUUUUUAUCAAUCUGAACGAAACCUCUUCAGUCAUUCGUGAAACCAUCGACGUGACAGAGCUGUACCGUGUUGCUGCUGGGGAGAACCAGAAGCGAGGCCUUCGAGCACUGCUGGGAUUACUGAAUAUCUUGAGUCCCGACUUGCACAAUGCCGGAAAUGAUGCAUACUACACCUUGCACGCUCUUGUGCGAUUGAUGCUGAGAGUCGCCGGAGAAAAGCCGUGGGGAUACGAGAGUGCUGAAGUCGGUGAUGAGAAGGAGCCCAACGUGAAGCGCAGUGAUGAGCGCAAGGAUGAGCCUAAGGUCACGGUCAGUCCCAAGGAUCAACGCAAUGACAAACGCGAUGGAAUCAAGUUUGGAUCCAUGGCUACAAUGCGUGAAGAAGACGACGAAAACUCCGACGAGGACCCCGUUUGGCGGCACUAA